AUGGCUUGUGGAGAAGAAACCACGUCAACAAAGACCGAAAAGGAGAGCAUUGCUCCAGAGGCUCAAUCCGUGAAAAAGGAGGAAGCGCCUAAAGAAUCUGCCAAAAUCAAGGUUCCAGAAGCACCCAAACGCACAAGGGUGCCAGAUGCCGUCCAGAGGAAAUUGGCAGCCGAGAAACAGAAGGGCCCCCAGCCCAGCAGACUGGCGCAGGAAUUGCGCAACUACCAGGCCAAAAAGAAGAGGCAUUCGAUAGACGUAUAUGUCCAGAUCACGGGCCUGGACUCAGGGAGGACGCGCGGUGUCAAGGCGCUACUCGACAGUGGCUGCAGUACCUGCUGUAUCGAUACCGACUACGCGCGGGCAGAGAAGCUGGAUAUCCAAGAGCUUCCACAACCCAUCGUGGCUCGUAAUGCCGACAACACCGAGAACAUCAGUGGCCGGAUCACGCAUUACGUUGACUUAAGGAUGAGAAUCAGCCCUCAUGUGGAGACAUGCACGUUCCUUCUGACAACACAACCCUGA